UGUCGAUUUGAAUGGCUUCCUGUCUUUGUACGAAGUUAACGUGUACGUAUUGAUAUUUCAUUGGGGUUAUUUCCAGUUGGCUACAAUGGAUUAUUCAGAGACUCCAACUGGGUUCAGACAGCGUAAGUUACAGCCCAAAGUCAGGAUGAGGAACCCGGUGGCGGAGGCCGGGGACCCCACCCCGCUGUUUGAGGACACCAGCGCCGGCACGCGGCCCGCAGCCUACAGGGGCCAGGAUGACGCAGGGUUGGGGUACCCCGCCCAGACCCUGCUCUCCGACCCCAUGUCCAACCUCGCCCUGGCGUACGGGAGCAGUCUGGCCAGCCAAGGGAAAGAAAUGGUUGACAAGAACCUUGACCGCUUCAUCCCCAUCUCCAAGCUCAAGUACUACUUUGCGGUGGAUACGGUUUACGUGGGGAAAAAACUGGGCCUCCUCGUCUUCCCUUACAUGCACCAGAACUGGGAGGUGAGCUAUCAGCAGGACACCCCAGUGGCCCCCCGAUUUGACAUCAACGCCCCAGACCUCUACAUUCCUGCGAUGGCGUUUAUCACUUACAUCCUGGUGGCAGGUUUAGCUCUGGGAACUCAGAACAGGUUCAGCCCAGAGAUCUUGGGCAUGCAGGCCAGCUCAGCCUUGGUGUGGCUCAUUAUGGAGGUGCUGGCCACCUUGCUCAGCCUCUACUUAGUAACCGUCAACACGGACCUCACCACCAUCGAUCUCAUCGCCUUUGCGGGGUACAAGUAUGUGGGAAUGAUCGUGGGCGUUGUGGCCGGGCUUCUGUUCGGCAGGACCGGGUAUUACUUAAUGCUGCUCUGGUGCUGUGCGUCCAUCUUCGUGUUCAUGAUCCGGACGUUGAGGCUGAAGAUCCUGUCAGAAGCCGCGGCGGAGGGCGUCCUGGUCCGGGGGGCCAAGAACCAACUCCGCAUGUAUCUCACCAUGGCCAUCGCAGCAGCUCAGCCCAUCUUCAUGUACUGGCUGACCUUUCACCUGGUCAGAUAGAACAAAAUGGCGGCAAGAACACGGGGGACAGGCACACGGACACGGCACUACCUCCUCCCCACACAAAAAACUCUUCCCCCCUCCUCAAGACUCCAAGAAACAAGACGCUAGCAUGCAAAGCGAAUUUAAAAAAACAACAUCGUAGAUGCAGCAUUUUUAGCAGAGUUUCGCAGCACAAAUUAACAAUAUUUCAACUGUUUGUUUUUUUGUAUUGUUGUUCUUUGUUUUUUAAUGUAAAUGGUAAAUGAUGAUAAAGUUGAUGCCGCUUUUUCCAUGUGUAGGAUAAUGUCCAGUGCAAUUUAUAUAUAUAUAUUUUUUUCUUUUUCCCUUUUUGGUAACUUUUUUUUUUUUUUCAUGUAUUUGACGUGUGGUCGGUAACCCAGAGUGCUGUCUGGGUGGAGGGUUACAACGGUUUGAAAGAUUUGCAAAAGAAGGGAGAGCGCACAGCCACCUUGGCAUCGAUCACAAGACUAGACACCACUGAAAUUGCUUUUUAAUCGACGUUUGGUAAUUUGCAUACAAAACAACCUGUCCGUCUGUCAUUUCCUUGAAAGUUUGUCAGUGAACUGAAUGUGAAGUUGUACUUGUCGGGCCAGUUAAUUUUGCCCUGACGCUGGUUUUAGUUAUUAGAAAUGUACAUUUUAGCAGGGCCUUGCUUUUCAGCCUUGCCUUGCUUUAACAUUUAAGGAGGACAUGACACUUUAUUGUAACUUGAGUAAUAUAUACACUCAGUUCCAAGACCUGCAUAGAAAAGCUCCAACAAAUUUUUGGAUGUUUGUCCUGGAACAAAACAAACACUCACACUACCUGCAAAGGGGACCCAAUUCUGUCUGAAUUUUCUUUUCUUUUUUUAUGUGGUCUGAUUUGGUUUGGGUUAUGGGUCAUUGUUCAUAUUCUUGAAUUUCCGAAAUGCUCGAGGACGGACCGCUCCAGACCGGCCUCAGUUUGAGCUUGCAUGAUGGCUUGGUUUCAGUAGUGAAAAAUCACACGGCACACGGCAACUGACAGGUUAGUCUAGUCCAGUCCAGCUAUUGCCUACUGAGUUUCUGCUAAGCUGGCCUGACCUAUAGCUCUGCAACCAACCCACCGCUGUAUUCUCUUGGUUCCUCCAUUUUGAGAUCCAAUCACAGCUCAGCAUGACAACAUGACAGCACUGAGAACUGUACCUUUGGUGGAGCGCCAUUACUUCUUUAUCCAAACCUCUCAUUCAGAACGAUAAAAAUCAACAGUCAAAAUUCAAUGCCUUCCAUGGAAAAUGUGCGUGAGCCAUUUGCACUCUGAUACCAACUUAAUUUGUCAGUUUACAUUUCCUCCCUGACCAAUUUGCAAAGAAUUGGUGACCUGGAGAGCUGUGGUGUUGCUGUGAUAGACAGCAGGUGUUUCAGUUACAGACUGUGCUUCACACUUAGAGUAGUGUUGUAUUUUCUACACUUCAGCUGAGUUUUAGCAAAGUGUAGUUCUCUAAUUCAAUCAAGGAAGUAGCUGAUUAGACUUGUUUCGUUUCUCAACACGGAGAUAUUUGGUGAAAAUGUUUCAGCUGCAUGCAAUUGGCCAUGUAUUACGUCAUCUCUCAACAGACGUUCAAAGUAGGCCAUUUUAAGAUAAGCUUUGUCUGUUGCUCACAGGACCAGUAAGUAAUGUGGCAUUGUGGGUAAGAGACUGGACUUGCAACCAUAAUGCAUUAUGUAGGUAAACUGUCCGUGUUCUCUUAACCUCAGGCAAGUCACUAAGGCAGUACUAAUUUAGGAAAUAUUCAGCUACUAGCUAAUGUCAAAAUUGUAACCUGCAUAACUUGCUCUAAGCUGAGGGCACUGCUAAGGGUACCCCUCAAAUGUAUCUGCUUAAGGAAGCUAAACUCAGCAGUACCCAGAAAGGUGCUCCCAAAAUAAAUGAUUUUCAUGAAAAUAAAAACGCAUUUUCACAUCAAAAGAGCAGCUUCGACACACAACAUUUUAAAAAUACAAUGCUGAAUUUGUGCUUCUGCGAGUCCAGAUCUGUGACUGGUGUACAUGAACUGUGCAUAUGGUGAAAAUCAUUGUGAUGUUUUGUACAUGAUAUUUAUACGUAGAAUCUGCCUCACAAUAAAGAAGACCGAUGAUGUUUGUUAA